AUGAAUGAGGAUGCGACAUUGAUAGCUCAGAAACCAAGACGGGUGCCGUAUCACUUACUAGAGCCUCUGGAGCAGCGCAUUAACGAAUUCGUCGAAAGUGACAUCAUAGAGAAGGUCCCCGAACAAGAAGCAAUCGAGUGGUGUUCACCUCGUGUGGUACAACCGAAAGCGAAGAAUCCUAAGGACAUCCGAGUGAGUCUCGAUCUCCAAAUUCUAAAUCAGUCUAUGGCACGCACAAGGCACGUACAAUCACCCAUCACCGAAGACUUUGUAAACGAAUUUAAGGACUGCACAGUCUUCAGUAAAAUCGACCUGAACCACGGAUACCAUCAAUUCGCGCUCGAUGAAGAAUCUAGAAAGAUAAUGACAUUCUCAACGCCCUGGGGGAACUAUAGAUACAAAAGACUUGCAUUCGGUGGCAAGAACAGCGAAGAUCUUUUUGAUGCGGAGAUCGCAAAGAUAAUCUCGGGCAUACCUCAUGUCUUAAACAACCGCGACGACAUCAUUGUCGGAGGUAAAGAUUGGGAAGAACACAAUCGGAACUUGGAAACACUGUUCGCACGACUCGCAAUCCACAACAUAACGCUUCGAAAGGAGAAAUGUGAAUUCGGUCGGACAUCGCUAGAAUUCCAUGGUCAUUACUUCACCAGCGAAGGGCUGAGACCAAGUCGUAACAAGAUCAGAGCCAUCCAGGAAAUGGAAAGACCGAAAAGUAAAGAAGAGUUGGUAUCGUUUAUCCAAGUGAUGGCAUAUCUGUCCCGAUUCAUCGAAAAUUUCUCCAGCAGAUAA